AGUAUGGCUUUGGUUCAUACUGAGGUGAGCAUCUGGAGUAAGCUAUGGGAUCACAGGUUUCACGUGUACGGAGGACAAGUGUGUAACACACUAAUGGCAGGCACUUGGGAUGACAGAACACCUCUACAUGAUGCUGCACUGCAAGGAAGAUUGCUGCUACUGAGAAGACUCCUUUCACAGGGGUAUUGUGUGGGCAUGGCUACACUGGAUGGAAUCACUCCACUGCAUGAAGCAUGUGUUGGAGGCCAUUUUACCUGUGCUAAAAUUCUGCUGGAGCAUGGAGCUGAUGCAAAUGCUGUCUCUGUUGAUGGAGCCACUCCUCUCUUUAGUGCUUGUUAUAAUGGAAACCCCACCCUCGUCAGCCUCAUUUUGAUGUACAGCUCUGCCCACCAUCCAGCUCAUCUGUUAAAGUCACCUCUUCAUGAAGCAGCAAAGAGAGGUCACACAGCAUGCGUUGAACUGCUGCUGUCUCAUGGUGUGAAUGUUGACAUGGAGGUGCCAAGCAUAGGAACAGCGCUGUACUGUGCAUGUGGAGCCAAGAGCACAGAUUGUGUACGGAGCCUGCUUAUGUCAGGUGCUGAUGUGCAGUGUGGGUGGGGUCUUGACACACCUUUACAUGCUGCAACCAGAGUUUGUGGGGCAGCGGAGGUGGAGCUACUGUUAGAGCAUGGGGCUGAUAGGACAUCAAGGAACUCUGAGGGAAAGAAACCACUGGAUUUAACUACAGAUCAAAACUUUAAACAUCUCCUGCAGACUUUAGAUCCAUGCUCGCUGUCUCAGAUGUGUAGAUGGCGUAUUCGCCGUUCCCUGGGCCAAAAAAGACUCAGCAAAACCAGGAUGCUUUGCUUACCACAUACCAUACACAAUUAUCUUCUCUAUCAUUAAAACACACACAAACAUACACACAACUCUGUCUAGUGUCUUAAAGGAAAAGUUCAUCCAAAAAUUAAAAUUCUCUCAUAAUUUCCUCACCCUCAUGCCAUCCCAGAUGUGUAUGGCUUUCUUUCUUCUGCUGAACAAAACAAAUAUUUUUAGAAGAAUGCGUAUCUGUAUGGAUUACUUUUGUGCUGCCUUUAUGUACUUUUUGGACCUUCAAAGUUCUGUCCACCAUUCACUUGUAUGGAGCAGAAUUAUUUUUCUUAAAAUCUUUGUGUUCAGCAGAAGAAAGUCAUACACAUCUGAGAUGGCAUGAGUAUGAGUAAAUCAUGAGAGAAAACAAGUUUUUGGGUGAACAAUUCCUUUAACACAACUUGCAAAAUAAUCUUGUGUGCUUACUAAAUACACAGUUUUUAUCUGUAUAUAACCUUUGUAAAAGUGUAGCCCAAAGCAUUUGUUUUUGUAAUAAAUAUUUUUAUACAUUCAAAGACUAUUGUUUAAGAAUACAUGACUUUGAACACACACACACACAAACUAAGCUGUAUGCUCACACACACAUUGCACA